UUUCAUACUUUGCGCUCGCAGUUUAAUCCUGACGUAGCUGGUGUCAACAUUACGGUGGCCAUUUCAAGAGUAACGCGCGGAAAAUUUUAAAUCGAAGUUUUUAAAAAUAGUUAAGUUAAUUAAAAAUGGCGUUCCUCGAGGGGCCAUCGCCUAAACAAGCUGAAAUUAUUAAACAGGAACUAGGAGAAGGAUCUGGUGAUUUGGAGCGAGGAGUUAGAGAUCUUCGGAGUAUGUGCGCAGCCUCACCAUAUUUGCCGCAACCUGAAGUAGUAGAUAAAAAUAUUCUGGAGCUAUUCAUCCGGGGCUGUCGUAUGGAUCAGGAGCGCGCGAGGUCCAAGUUUGAAGCUUUCUGUGUGGCACGCGCCCGGUGCCGCGAUCUCUACGAACAUCGUUCCCUCAGUGAGCCGCCUUUGAACGAUGUAUUACAAUUCUUGGACAUCGCGCCUUUGCCAAAGUUGACAGACGAAGGUCUACGGGUAACGAUAUUCCGCGUGCGGGCGAAUUACGCAGAAAGCAGCGCGGACAUCGCCGCGGCCGUGCGUGCCAUACUACUAGUUAGCGACGCGCGUAUGCACGACGAAACGUUAAUAUCUGGCGAUGUCUUUAUUUGGGAGACGUCGAAUGUCCGCGCGUCGCUCGCGGCCCGCAUGGCCGCCGCCGCGAACUCCGUGCGGCGCGCGAUACACCUCGCACACGCGGCGUACCCGCAGCGUAUGCGCCGCAUACACGUUGUCGGCGCGCCGCCCCUCAUCGCCUCAUCGCUCAAUUUUAUACGCUCAUGUGUCAAUGAGAAGAUCCGAAGAAGGUAUUACCUGCAUCAAAAAGUCGAGGAUCUUCUAGAACACUUCCCGUCACGAGUGUUGCCAGCCGAAUGGGGUGGCGAAGAGGAAUCUGUUGAAGUCAUCGCUAAAAAGUGGAAACGUCGUGUCGACGAAUUGAGGGACUACCUACGAGAUCUCAGCGAGCUGUCCAACCUCACAGAAAAACCGCAGUUUGAUACCGACAUUUACGGCACCGUUGGCGCUUUCCGGAAACUGGAUAUAGAUUAAAAAUAAUACAAUUUCGUCGGUUAAUGAUAAAAUUUGUGCUUUCCUAUACAUGGAUUGGGUUAACACUUCUAAAUUGAGCAUUUUUCGCUAUUGUGAUAUUUUUUAGACAUCGCCGGAUAUUCUUCGGCUAAAGCGUUUAUUAUAAUUGAUUUUUAAAAAUUG